UGCACAAAAGUGGAACGUCAAGCCUAAAUAGGCGUCUGUCACUUUUGUCUUUUCAAGUGAUUCGGGAAUAAAGGUUUAAAAUGGCGGUUAAGUUUUUUAAAUUACCCCGUUUGUGUAUUCUAGCAUUUUUUGCAAAACUGUUUUGCGUUUCUGGGGACAUAGCCUCGGAUUCCAGCAGUGUGUGCGAAGCAGCCGCAGGGAAUUCUGCUGAGCUGUCCAAGUACGACCCGUUGGAAGACUACACCUUGAAAAACCACGUCUUGUCCACCAAGCGCCUCUCCUCCCCCGAGGACUGUUUUCUAGCGUGCCUCCUCGAGAACUCCCGCCGUAGCCUGCCCUGUGGCCACGCCGCAGCGGCGCGCUGCAAAUCUGUGAAUUAUCACUGAGAGGGUCGGCUGUGCGAGCUGAACGGCGCGGACAGCAGGGACUGGCCCAAGGAUUUGACGCCUCAGGAAGGGACCGUUUUCCUGCAAGUCAGCAAUGGUUGGACCCAAGCGCCUUCAUUUACUUCCUGUGCUGAUCUGAACCAACGCGGUUACGAUACCAACGGUACCUACGUUAUCGAUCCCGAUGGGCCUGGCCAGGGGGUGUCACAUUCGAAUAUCAGCUGCGACAUGAGCACAGGUGCCACCAUUCUUCAGCACGACAGCAUGGCACGAUUAACAGUAGAAGGCUGCCAAGGCGCCGGCUGCUGGAUUCAUGACGUCACAUACCACCAGCCAAUCGAUUUUGUCGUUGCACUCAUCAACGCGUCUGCCUGGUGCCGGCAAUUCAUCCAGUACGAGUGCUUUGGAUCUGCGCUUUGGCGAAAGGGCGGGAACCACAUUGGCUGGGCUGUUUCACGUGACAACGAAAGGUUGACCAAUUGGGGCGGAGUAGAUACUGGCACGGAAGGCUGUCAGUGCCAGUUUACAGGAGAUUGCCCGGGACUUAAGUGCAACUGCGACGCCAACGACGAGGUGUGGCGGUCUGAUGAGGGCUUCCUGACAGAUUCCACCAACCUGCCCGUUAUUCGCUUACAGUUCGGCGACGCUAAUGGACAAGGCUACGCAACCCUGGGGGCGCUAGAGUGUUAUGGGCUAGCCAAGAACGAUUCUUGAGAUUUAAAAAAAAAUGUUAGUCAAAAUGUUUGAGGGAAAAGUCAAGGUUGGAUAUAAGGGGGAACGGCUAAGUAACCAUGCCAUCUGAUUGAUCAAUAUUAUUGUUUAAAUAAUAGACAAGAAUCUCGAAUUUCCUUAAUCACUCAUAAUUAACAAUGUGAGUUCCUUGCAUGCUUUUGGCGGCCUUUAGUCUUGUUAUACGUUGACUGCAACACGUAAGUACCUCAUGCAUCCCCGCCCCCCCCCCUCCCCUGCCCCGCCCAUUGAACACCCAGUGCAGCCACGCCAGGAUCGCCACUGCAAGUGCAGUAUGCAAGACAAUUUAGCAGAAACAGGGUCGGUUAGCUCAGUCGGCAGAGCAUCGUGCUAAUAACGCGAGGGUCGUGGGUUCGAGCCCCACACUGACCAUUUUUAUUGGCUUGUUUGUUGGGCGCCCUCCUAACAGACUGGUUCCUCCCUAUGUGACGUAAACUAUUUUAAUUUAACAGUAAUCAUAAAACACAUUUAAUUUUCGACGCAGUGGUCCUUACAGAAUUGUUAGAUCACAGUAUAUACAACAAUUUUACUGUCAAAGUACAAGUUUUCAAAUUCCAUUGUGAAGACCUGCUGUACUUUAUCGUUGAUUCAAGUGAUGUUAGGCCUAUAUGAUAAUAUAGGAUAUUUUUUUAUAGGGCUGUAGGAAAUACAUCGCCCAUCUUCACGCUACAAUCUACAGCGUAUUUGGUCUUGUGUAGUAACUUCACACACUUUUUCGCGGGGUCGGUUAGCUCAGUCGGCAGAGCAUCGUGCUAAUAACGCGAGGGUCGUGGGUUCGAGCCCCACACUGACCAAAUACUUUUGCGGUUUGCGCAUGGUGAAAAGAAAAAAAUCUGCAAUCGGGUACCUUAAUCCGGCUUUAGAAGCGUGAAACAAAAAAAUCAAACCAAUUUCGUUUUGAAAAUAAUCCCCAUCGUCCCUGCAGGCUCCAGAGACCCAAGCCCGAUGGAUAAUAUUCUCCCAACUCGCUACACUUUAAGAGUUUCACCCACCCCUUGCAUCCACGCCCCACAACCGUCCGUUGCCUUGGAACGUCUCAAGGAUUUCGGAGGAUUUCAUAAAGAGUUCUUUCCCACACCGUACCUUUGGAAGCGAGAACCAAUAAGGAUAGGUUCGGGGGCUUGGGUUAGUGCCCUUCAUGCAAUUCCUUUUUGUCACCAUCAAAUCAUAGAUGCUCCACUCAUUGGUUUUACGAUCCCUCUCACUGUAUCAGUCAUCACCCUUUCAAUACUUCCUUGUAAAGUUUGAAGUCAAGUUAGUCUUCAUUUAGUUGCUCAGUGUCCAAAUUUCGCUUCCAUAUGUCAUUGCUCAGUAUGCACUGGCUGAUGAGAUUCUUUUUAGGCAGUUUGGGAUGGAUUUUUUUUCUGUCAGAAUGUCUUUAUGUCUUCUAAUCCCGCUUGCGUUCUUCUCUUGAUUCUCAUAAUGGCCAAAUAUUGAACUGUAAUUAAAUUGAAUUGUAAGCACUAUUUCGACAACAUGUAGGAGCAUGUGAACCUCUCGGCUUUUUAAUACCAAUUUAUGCACGAAACCUAUGUCUUGUAGAUCAUCUGAUCAUCCCGAAUUAUAUUUGGUGUUCGCGAUUACAGGUCCGUAUAUCACGAGGUCGGUUAGCUCAGUCGGCAGAGCAUCGUGCUAAUAACGCGAGGGUCGUGGGUUCGAGCCCCACACUGACCAUAUUUUUUGUGCGGUUGGAGCACGUGAAAAGGCAAUUUUUUUCUCUUUUCGUCCUAAAAGUGAUAGUCACCAUGUUGACUGAUCCUCAAAUUCGACAUUGCAAUUUUAGAUUAUGUUUUGAAAUCAUAUUUUUUUUUUGAUUGACUGACACGCCCAUCCACGUGGUGAUCCCGCCAUUCUUUGGGGAUUUGAGGUUGGUAAAAUUAUAGACCCUUUGCACGGUGCGCCAUGAAAGUGGGCACUCAGGUCUUUCUUCCAGUGUUAUACACAGUUGAAACCUCUACACUGCCAUGGCACACCUUUCAAAAUGUCUAUAGGCCUGGGUUAACCUCCUGCUAGAUACAUUGCUUCAUUCUAUCAAUGAUAUCUUCAGUAUUAAUGCGUCAAGUGCACUGAUCAAGACUUUAUGAAAGCAAGGUCGGUUAGCUCAGUCGCCAGAACAUCGUGCUAAUAACGCGAGGGUCGUGGGUUCGAGCA